CCGACAAACACCAACGAAGAAGAAGACGUUGUCAAACGGCGCCGUGUUGUUGUCAACAAGCAGGAGCUAACAGAUCCAGCUGCUCCUCCUCAAAGUUGUGGAGUGUUUGGCUCUGCUGACCUAGAUGCGCUGCAGCCUCCUGCCGCUGCCUCUCUCUCUCUGCUGCUGCCAGGAUGGGCCAGCAGCUCUCAGGUCAGGCGCUGAACCGUCUGCCUGAGAAGCUGGUGAAACACGCCGGACUCGUACGAGACAGCGGCUAUCUGACCUACGAGGAGUUUCUGGGGAGAGUGUCCGAACUUAACGACGUUACGGCUAAGCUAGCUUCUGGACAGCAGAAGCACCUUCUGUUCGAGGUGCAGCCAGGAUCCGAUGCCACCGCCUUGUGGAAGGUGGCUGUCAGAGUCCUCUGUACCAAGAUCAACAAGGAGACCGGCAUGGUGGAGGCUUCUCGCAUCAUGAACCUGUACCAGUUCAUCCAGCUGUACCGGGACGUCACCAGCCAGGCUGCAGAGGUCCUGUCUGCAGAGGGAGCCUCCUCCGCCCAGCUGCCCUCCACAGACUCCUGCCAGGCCAGCAUGUGGAUGGGCAGAGUGAAGCAGCUGACGGACGAGGAGGAGUGCUGCAUCUGCAUGGAUGGGAAGUCCGACCUGAUCCUGCCCUGUGCACACAGCUUCUGCCAGAAGUGCAUUGAUAAAUGGAGUGGGCAGAGUCGAAACUGUCCGAUAUGUCGCUUGCAGGUGACUGCUGCCAAUGAUUCGUGGAUCAUGUCUGAUAUCCCCACAGAGGAAGACAUCGCUGGCUACAUCCUCAACCUGGCGGAUGAGGCGGGCCACCCACACCAGCCUUAACACACAGCACACAAAGUAGAUACUGAGAGAAAUAGAUCCACACCAAGUAGACACACAAUGUCCCUUUCAAUAUGAGGAGAUUUUUUUCCUAUAAAGCUAACAUAAUAAAAGGAGUAUGCAGGGUUUCCUUCUCCUUUUGAAACCUCCCCUCCUUUAAAUCCUGAAAACUCCCAGGAUGCUCUUUGUAACCCAAGUAUUGUAGAUGUGGUGCUUUAUGGGAACUGUGUGUGAUAAUACAUUGUCUGAAGUGACAUUUUGUAUUUGUUAUAUGUUAGAAUACUUUGUAAUAUAUUAAUUUAACACACAGAAGAUCCAAAAGAACCGCUCUUACAAUAAUUGUUGGGAAACCUUUUGAAGGGUUUAACCAGGCACUUUAUGCUUCCAUGCUAAUAUGAUUGUGAUAGAAGCUGGUACAAAAGAGGUGAAGUGAGUUCAGCCUUUGUGUUCAGAGAGAGUUAUAACCAUGGGUAAAAUAUUCAUAGUUGUGAAAUUGAAAUGAAUAGUUUUACAUUUGUGAAAAAUUAACAUAUUCAUGUUUUUAAAGAGAGUUAGAUGAGAAGAUUGAUCCCACACACGUCUGUACCGUAAUUAAGAAGCCAGCAGCUGUUAAACUUAGCUUAGCAUAGCAGAAAGACUCAAAACAGAGGGAGAAACAGUUACCUGGUGCUGUUCAAACCCUCUCGGCACCUCUUAAGUUAAUUUGACAUGUUGUUUAACUGUACCCGAAUCAACCAUUGGCCUUGACCUACAAUAUGUCACUGAAAGAGACGUGUACCAACCAAGAUGAGACUCAAAAUGAUUACAAACAGAACACGAUGGGUCCAAAGAAACAAUUAUGAAAAGGGGAAAACAACAACAACAACAAAAACUACUAUGAGAUACAAAGCAACUAAAAAGUCACAAACUAACCACAAAAGAGACGCUGUGGCUUUGUAUUUAACAGAAUACAUUAAAGUAAUUACAAUCACAUAUCUAACUCUCUGCCAGAAAGUGAAUAACCGUUUUCCCAGAUUUUCAAACGUUUGCUUUAAGUGCAAAACCCAAGACACAGCGUUUAUGGUGAAACACUAAAAUCAAAUUAAUUUUCCACCCAUAAAGCUGUUCUGUAGUCUGUGCGAUGUAACCCUGCAUGUUUAUAUUCCACAUGACAUGCCUUAUGUGAACCUGGUAUAAACUCAGAUAGUGACUGAUCAUAGUAUUUUGGGUGUACAGGACUAAAUAGUUUUAUAUGAUUUUAAAUGACUAGGCUUGCUGUAGUUAACCACUGUGUCAUCUAUGCUAUUUUCUUCCUUUUACUUUGUAUUUAUUUUUUAAAUUUCCUAUAAUUUUACCAAUGUUAUUUCAUUCUGAUUGCGCUAUAAUUUGCUCUGUCAUGACUGUAAUGAUAAAUGACUGAAUUGUCAAUAUGGGCAGCAUUUGAGUUACAAGUUAACUCUUAAACCGGUAAAGUAAUUUAACAUUUGAGAGCCAAAAAAUAGUUUUAUUCCAGAUCACAUAAAUCACAGGCUUUAAGGAUGAUGGUUGUGAUUUAUGAGGGAUGAAUCUAGGCUGAAGUUUUUCACGUGUAAAUGUCUUUCAAUUUAAUUUUCAUUAGUGAUAUUUUUCUAUUCUAAUGCAUUAUGUAUGGGAUUUUUAUUUAGCAUUUUGAUGUGCAACAUUCAAACAUCAGCUAAUCAGUUUUUUGGAUUUCACAGUUUUUUUGCAAAUAUUAGUAAUAUUAUCUUUUUCAUUUCAAAGAGUAGUGAUUUUGUGAAUAGAAACUUGAUGUAUGGUCAUUAAAUAGACCAUAAACAUUUGAAUUUGACGAAAUCCUUUUUGGUUGGGGAUGCUGAAAAAAUGCACUUUGAAAACUCACUGAAGCUUUCCUUCUUUCUUUUUGUUGCACUACUAUAGAUGAUUUUAUCUCAGUGGUUACACAUAUUAUCUGACACUGUAAUCCUUUACAGCAGCACAACAAACAAUUUGCAGCAGUAGGGGACCUCCUUCAUUAGUACUGUACGCGGUCAAUUCAAAAUGUAUAAAACAAAGUUGUAAUAUUUAAAGAAUGAUCAAAUGUUCAACUUUCAUAGCAGAUUACAUACAGCAUCGGAUCCUACACACACAUUGUAUUUACAUUUGUUGAAUGGAAGAAGCUGUAUUAAAAUUGAAUUGAUUGGUACUGUGUUAUCCUUAAUAAAGAGAUACUCACUUUUUGCACUGUA